AUGGACAAUCGAGGUGCUGAAGGAAGGAUACAAGAUCCCCUUCCUAAGGAAGCCCCCUCUUUCGUCAGAACCGUUAGAGUUGACAGCCACUUAUUCAGGAAACAAAGCAACAGCUCUGCAGGAGCAAGUCGAUCAGAUGCUGUCAAAAGCGGCGAUAGAAAUAGUAGAGAACAACUCUUUGGAGGGAUUUUACAACAGGCUAUUUCUGGUACCAAAGAACUCGGGGGGUGGAGACCCGUGCUGGACGUAAGUCCUCAGAACAAAUUCGUAAGCAAAGUCAAGUUUGCUAUGGAGACAGCAGCGUCAGUCCUAGCAGGCACCAGACAGGGGGACUGGAUGGUGUCGAUAGACCUGCAGGACACUUAUUUCCACAUCCCAAUCCACCCCGAUUACAGAAAAUACCUGAGAUUUGUUCAUCGGUCAAAAACGUAUCAGUUCAGAGCACUUUGUUUUGGACUAAACACGGCUCCUUACGUUUUCACUCGAGUGGUGUCAAACGUAUCCCGGUGGUUACAUCUAGAAGGGGUACGGAUUUCGAUGUACCUGGACGACUGGAUAAUCAGAGCCAAGUCGCAAGUAAAGUGUCUGGAGGACCUACAAGUAACUAUGACGUUAACACAACAGUUGGGGCUGUUAGUAAACCUAGACAAAUCACAACUGACUCCUUCACAAGACAUCAUCUACCUGGGGAUGAGGAUUCAGUCAGUGGUUUUUCGGGCUUUUCCAGCCCCGAAUCGCUUUCUAGAGUGCUUAAGAAAGGUGAAGCUCUUCCUAGGGAGAUGGACCUGCUCGGCAAGGGAAUGGAUGAGUCUGCUGGGGACCCUUUCCUCGAUCGAGCAAUUCGUCUCCCUGGGAAGACUACACCUUCGUCCACUUAAGUUUCAUCUAGCAAGUUACUGGAUGAGAGACCAAGACCUCGAGACAUGGAUUCCGAUUCCUCGGGGAAUCAAGGAUCAUUUGAGUUGGUGGGACGAUCCCAAAAAACUUCAAGAGGGCCUCGAACUUCAACAGAAGAACCCCGAUCAAGUGUUGUAUUCAGACGCAUCGGACGUGGGAUGGAGUGCAACACUGGGGAAGGACGAGAUCUCUGGUCUAUGGCAAGAUCAUAAAAAAGAAUGGCAUAUCAAUAUGAAGGAGCUGACGGCCAUUCAUCUAGCCCUUCUGCACUUCCAGGAGGAAGUCAAGAACAAGGUAGUUCAGGUCAACGCGGACAACACCACGGCGUUGGCCUACAUAAAGAAACAGGGAGGCACUCGUUCGGACUCCCUUUACGAGGCAGCAAAGGAUCUCUUAUUGUGGGCGAAAGAGAGGAACAUUACGCUUCUAACUCACUUCAUAGAAGGAGAGAAGAACGUCAGGGCGGAUCUCCUCAGCAGAGAAAGACAGGUUCUCACGACGGAGGGGACCCUGCAUCACGAGGUAUGCAACAGGCUUUGGGAACUAUGGGGAGAACCGACAAUAGACCUCUUUGCGACGCAGAAGACAAAGAGGCUACCUGUUUAUUGCUCACCAAUUCCAGACCAGGAAGCAGUGGCAGUGGACGCUUUCCUCAUGGAUUGGGAAAGACUAAAUGCGUAUGCCUUCCCCCCAUUCAAGAUCCUAGACAGAGUCCUGAAAAAGUUCAGGGAAUUGGUUAAUGCCCGGAUGAUACUAAUAGCUCCGUUUUGGCCAACGAGACCCUGGAUCACGGAGGUGAUGGAAUAG